AUGACUCCUAGAAUUGCAUUUGUGAGCUUGCUCUCAGUCCUUUGCCUUUUUGAUGGGUGUUUAUGCGCUACAUACUCAAAUGUCUUUGUUCGUGGCGGCUCUGAAAUUGUACCUUUAGAAUACAUCAAUUAUGGUGCGCCUCAAGUAGCCCAAAUAUCUGCAGCUCCUAUUGAUUCGGUAGUUUCGUUACAAAAUACCCUAAACCCUUGCGUCAUCAACGCGCCGAUCCCCGCGUUGGCGCCAAUAGGUUCCACGGCUAAUGCUCAAAUUGUUGCUUACAAGCCACCGGUCGCUAAUGUGCCUGUCGUAUUAGCCAAUAAGGAUGAUACAUUUGGUUACCAAUAUUCGUAUGCAGUUUACGAUGAUGGCACGGGUGAUAAGAAGACACAAAGUGAACAAAGCGAUGGCUCAGUAGUUCAAGGACAGUACUCUUUUAUUCAACCUGAUGGUUACAGACGAGAUGUCGUUUACACAGCUGAUGACUUGAAAGGAUUUAACGCCGUUGUAAAAACGGUAUCACCUGAACCCGAAAUUAUUAAUAAGGACGUAGCAGUGGAACCAGCUGAAAUUAAUGGGACACCUUGCAAGGAACCAAACAAAGAACAAUUAGUAGAAGCACCGAGAGACGAAGGCAAAACAACUGAGCCGUUAGAAGAAGUUACGGAAGCUGUAGAUAAUAAUGAAACAAAGAGUGAUGAAAAAUCAACCGAAGAAGUAACUGCUCCUAGCACAGAAGCAUCAACAUCUACAGAUCCAGAGCCAAAUGUUGUAGUAUCAUAUAGCGAUUUUAUAAAUUGCCUUCAAUCUAAAAGGAUAGCGGGUGCAAAGAGUGCAGUUUCUCCUUUGACGUACAUCCUCAUUCCAUCCCUGAAUGGACGACAAAAAUCUUGUUCUGGACCGUUGACAUCAAUCAACUCUGAUUUGUUUUAUACAACACACAAAAUGUUCAGCAAAAUCGUAGCUUUCGGCGCCUUCUUGGCUGCGGCCAACGCUUAUGGACACGGCCACGCCGUAUCCUCCCAAAGCAUUGUUCACCACGGUGGACACUAUGGUGCUCCUCUGGCCCAUGCCGCCCCAUUGGCUCAUGCUGCACCUUUGGCAUACGCUCCCGUAGCAUACGCUGCUCCUGUCGCACACUACGACGGUCAUGACACCUAUGCGCACCCGAAAUACGACUUCGCGUACUCGGUAGCGGACCCACACACGGGGGACCACAAGUCGCAGCACGAGAGCCGCGACGGCGACGCGGUGCACGGCUCCUACUCGCUGGUGCAGCCUGACGGCUCCGUCCGCAGCGUGCACUACACCGCUGAUGACCACAAUGGAUUCAACGCAGUUGUCCACAACUCCGCCCCAUCAGUGCACCCCGCCCCAGCCUACCACCAUUACUAAACAAUGACCAUUGCCUUACGAUUCCCAAUUAUUUAUUCUAAUGUAAAUAUUGCUGUGUUAAAGUUGUAAAUUUGUAAAUAAAGUAUGAAUGAUUAAAA